CAGAAUGGUGACUGAUCGAUCCGACGAGACGGAUAAUCACACCGAAUUUAUAAUUUUCUUCCACGAGCGGACGGCUUCUUCUUUAUCCCGUCUCGCGCGCUUCUUCUGCUCGAGUAGAGUACUAGUAGUACUGCUCGCCAUUCUUAUCUUCUCCCACGUUCCGUUACCUUUAUAGCUUCGGCCUUCCACCCGCUUCCUCUUCUCAUCUCACCCCAUUUGCUGUGUACCGUUCUUCGUCGUUGGUUGGUCUGUGCCGUGCUGUGCGGUUGAUCUGUGCGGGAAUGGAGGCGUACAUGAUGUUCUCGCGGAGCAAGGAGAGAAGGGAGGAGAUGAUCAGGUGUGACGAGCAGGAGGAGGAUAUUGGCUGCCCGUCGGAGUCGGAGCUGUCCCUAUCGUCGUCGUCGGAGGGGGUGGAGCUCGCCGACGACGCGAGCUCGUCGGGAUCGUCGGCGAGCCACAGCAACUUCGAGAUGUCCGCGCUCAUGACGGAGCUCCCUCUCAAGAGGGGUCUCUCCAAGUUCUUCGACGGCAAGUCGCAGUCGUUCACGUCGCUGGCGGCGGUGGGCGGCCUGGAGGACCUGGCGAAGCCGAUGAGGAAGCGCCUCAAGACGUCGCGCAGCUGCGGCGUCGGGCUGCAGGACGCGCACCGCCGGGGACGCCUCUCGCCGCGCCCGCUCUGCCGCAAUGCCAGCGCCACGGCGUCGUUCAAGAAGGUGUCCAAGGGGCAGCUGUCCGUGCUCGGCGCGAGCAGGCGGACGCGCCCGCCGGUGAUGGCGGUCUCGCCGAGGCCGGAAGGGGUGCCCGGGCAAGCUCUGUUAUUUGCUUAGGAGAUUUGCCCGCGAGAUCGUUGCUCCUGAUUCAGGUCGCAUGUCAUAAGCACUCAGCAGUAGUUAGGUAGCACGGUUGUAAUUACAGUUUUGAAGUGGAAAUUACCGAGGAAAUGUUGUGAAAUGGACGAUGUUCCAUUGCCCUACUGUGUAUGUAAA